ACCGAUUUGUUCACCAUGUCUCCAGCUACUGUGGGUUGUUUGGUCCGCGGAUCGCUCCCCAGGUCGACAGCCCGACCGGGUAGAAACUGACCAUCAGAAAAAGGACGGACGGGAUUUAUUUAUUUUUUUGGAGGGGGGGAUUUUCAUUUCCCGACGGGACACGCAAGUGAGUGUAUGGACCCAGGUGAAGAUCCACGAUGAUGCUCGCUCAAGGGUCUCUCUGAGCUGAAACCCACCAUCGUAGGACCCACGUGGAUGAAGAGGAGGUGGAGGCUCUGCCCCCGGACGCUAAGACCAUGGUGAAAGCUCAGCGGAGCCAGACUGUGAAAUGCGGGAAGCCCCGGAAUGAGAAGGGACGCAAGGAGAAAGGAGGUGGUGUGAAAAAAGGGAAAGACAGAAAGAACGAGUUGAGAGGAAGAAAAAAGAAGGACAAGACAGAGCCACAUCGACAUAGAAAAAAGGCAGUGAGUGAUGGAGAUGCGCUGGACUGUUGCGUCCUGCUCACCCGUCUGGAGCAGAAAGGAGUUGUGGGUAAAGAAAAGGACGCACCAAAAGCUGGAAAACAAAAUAGAGGUAAAGUCAAGAAGAAGCUGCACUCCAGCUCCAGUCAAAGAAGGACCAAAUCUGGACUAAAGAAAACUUCCACAGCCAAUCGACAAGCACUGGAACCAAAAACCAACCAAUCUGACGCCUUUCUCGUGUUUCCAGCACCCGUCUUUGAGCCCCGCAGGCGGAGAAUGGCCUCUCUCAACGCUGAGGCUGUCAACAGCUUGCUGCUCUUCAGAGACGAUUCUCUUGCCUCAAAUCUCACAAAGAAACGGCAGCCUUCUAAUGAAGAUAAAGCUAAAGAUAGUCUCACUAAAGAUGAACAAAGUGGUCGUAAAACCAAAAAAGUACCUCCGGGAGGGAAAGUAGACCCAAAAGAAAGAUCUAAAAAACAGAGGCGUUCGGCAGCAGAGGCUCAGAACAUCGAUUGGUUGGCUUUGUUUGCACCAACGCCUCGGCGUCAGGCAGGCCUCACUGCCGCAACGCUGCUCAAACUCACCAGUGCCCAGUAUGGAACCAAACGGCAAAAGAAGACGGAGUCCAAGCCGGGGAGUGGGAGUGAAGCGGCAGUUACGACUCAGGAUGAGAUGAGUGGUAAGCCAGUGUGUGGAGAAACAACACUGACCAAAAGAACAACACAUCCCAAACAUGAGGACCAACUAAAGCACAUAAAACAGGGUACAGAGGAUCUGGUUCAUUCCCAGCUGGACUCUACCAACCAGGGCUGCUGUAGUUUGUGUAAAAGCAAGGCUUUGGAUCCAGAGUGGAAGGGCACCACAGGAGGACAGGAGUGUCUCAAACAUGAGCUCCAUCGUGGCUCUUCACUGGGAUUCUCCUUGAAAACAAUCAAAGAGGAGCAGGUAGAGACCGAGGUGUCUUCCUGCUACUGUCGCUCCCAGGAGAGGUGUGUCGAGUACUGUCACAGACUAGCCCUCUUCCUGGAGGACAAGACCUUCAAGGAACCAGAGGACGGCUCGCUGUCCGAGGUGUUCCACCACCACCAUCACCACCACCAUCAUCAUCACCACCAUCUUCAGUCCCCUCACUCUGUGACCCACCCAGCAGCCAUAACCAUCAGCCCGCACACGUACACCUGUUUUCCCAGCUACUACGUCCACUUCAGUCACCCAGACAACUCCCCCUCUCCCAUAUCACCCCUCGCUUUGUGCCCAAAGAGCAGCAAGAGACCCAAGCUGCUCCCCAGUACCAGUCCACAGCCCUCAGGGAUUACCCAUCCGGUGUACUGCUGCACCUCAGUGGAGGCGUGCUACGGAGAGCCCUGCAGGAUCAACAGCUACUCCUCCUACACCAGUGUGAUUCCAGCCAUCCCCAGAGGAGGGUGCUCCUUCAGCCCCACAGACUGCACCAAAUGUAACCACGGCAUCAAAAGAGACGACUAUCCAUCAACUGUCAAUGACCAUCACAGUCCCUCCUCCAUCCCCAUCUGUCCCGGCCCCAGAACCCUCACUGGCUGCCCCAUUUCCACUGUGCCUCCAGCCGGCCAAUCAGUGCCCCACAUUCAGACUCCGCUAUCCGGCCCAGCCGGCACACCUUCGCGGCCCCGUGCAGGUGGGAAGGAGUUCUCGCAGAGUGCCAAGUCGGCCAGCGCGGGGGUCGAGGCGCCCCUCGGCGCACCGAGAACAACCUCCCCCUCCGCCCCUCUCAACAGGGACAAGAAGAAGCAGCUCAGCUCUGCCAGCGUCGGAGGACGAACAGCUGCCAAGCAGCCAAAGAAUGGCCGCCAAAAAUCCACAAACGGCUGGCAGCCAGUUGGCCUGCCCUUUCAGAAGGAGGUUUUCACUGUGGGAGACGAGGCUCCGGUGCUGAGGAAGUGUUUCGAGGGAGUCCAGAGGGACGGGGAGCUGAUUCGGGUCAGAGACACUGUUCUGCUGAAAUCUGGACCUAGAAAAAAGUCUCUGCCUUACGUGGCCAAGAUCUCAGCUCUGUGGGAAGAGCCAGAGUCAGGAGAGCUGAUGAUGAGUUUGUUUUGGUAUUACCGUCCAGAACACACACAGGGGGGGCGCAACCCCAGUAUACAUUGUGAGAAUGAGAUCUUUGCGUCUCGUCACCAGGAUGUGAACAGUGUGGCCUGUAUUGAAGAAAAAUGCUAUGUCCUAACAUUGACACAGUAUUGUCGAUUUUGUGCCUUGGUAAAACGCCGUAGGGAGGGCGUGCGUGACUGUGUCGCCUCCCUCGUGGUGCCACCUGUUGUCGGCAAUGCCAUGCCCACCCACCACUGUGUGCCCAAUGACGUCGACCCAGAGCUGGUGUUUUUCUGUCGACACGUCUAUGACUUCCGCUACGGACGCCUCCUCAAGAACCUGCAGUAGCAUCUGACGGGGCAUGACGCAUAACGCUAUGGGACGUGAGAUAAUCUUAUACAUCCUCCACGUUGAUUAGCUACAUACGUACCUGCUGCCUGUGUGAAAGGAACUGGAAAUUUAGGAUGAAGGAUUGAGAGCUUCUUUUGUUUUGAAAUCUCGUCUUCAUACUUACAUUUAUUUAGUAAGAGUAAUGGCUUGACAUAUUGUAUAAGAAUUAAUGUGGCUGUGCAAUGGUCUUUAUCAUACAUGGCUCUGUGGUGUCGUAGCAGCUGUGUGAAGAACCUGGAACAUAUUCUGCUGUAGAAAAUGCUACUUUAGCUCUUAGAAAUGUGACAUUUGAUAGAUAUGAAGAGAGGUUUGGUGUUACAUGUGAAUUAUGCUACUGGUUGCCUAACAGAUAUCAGACACUCAAUGUGUCUCAAUGAUACGCCAUAGGUAAAGAAAAUCUGAGGCACGUCGUGCCGCAUCGGGCCUUGAGAAGGAAGAGAAGAGUGGCUGAAGAUCUCAUAUUUGUCAUUAGAUUUCUCUGCAUACAGACGUAUGACAGAAAAGCUCCAGAGGGAACAUAUGUGUUCAAGGUUUUUGUAAGGAAUAGUUUUUUGGGAAAUGUGCUUUUUUCGCUUUCUUGCUAAAAGUUAGAUGAGAUGAUGGAUGCCACUCUUAUGUCUGUAUGGUGAAUAUGAACCUACUGCAAGCGGUGCACUGCAGCAGUUAGCUUAGCAUAAAGACAUGAAACAGGGGUCAACAGCUAGCCUGUCUAUGGACAGGGCCUGGCUAGCUGUUUCUUGUCUUUUGUGCUAAGCUAAGCUAACUGGCUGUUGGCUGCAGCUGCAUCUUUACCGGACAAACAUGAGAGUAGUGUCGAUAUUCUCGUCUAACUUUCGUCAAGAAAGCAAAUUAGCAAAUUAGCUUUCCAAAUGUUUUAAACGGUUCUGUUAUUUACAUCUCCAUUUUUAUGUAAUCGUGACUGACCUGUAGGUCUAUGUAGUAAACUCUGAGGAAAAUUCUUGAUCAGAAGGUUUGGUUAAAUCCAGUUCAACUUUAUUACCACUGAUUAUACAUGCAGAGCAAAUAAUAUAAUGUGGAAGUUUUUUUGGCUCCUACCUUUUGUGAUUUUCUGAGAGAAUUAUAGGUCUUAUUAUGUAUCAUAUCUGUAACUCUGCAAUUCACCUGAGUGGUGAUUUUCACAAUGGAGUAACACACCUGCACUCUACAAAGAAAGCACACUUCAGUUAGUUUGAUUUCACAGUGUGAAGACAUCCAAUGAGCCGAGCAUUGAGAGGAUUUUUGUUAUGCCAAUGCUGAGGAAUAUUUUACUUUCUCAAAGCUGUUUGCCAGAGGUGUGAUAUGACUCCUGUGUCAGCUAACUGUAUAUUUGCAUUUAUAUAUCUGGAUGAGUGUCUGUUUGUGGCAGAUGGCAUCAGUUAGUCACCUAUAUUCUUGUUUCUUCACCGAUGAGAUGGUGAGUAAUGUAUUCAGCGUAGCAUUUAGGUCUGUGAUGAUGAUCCGAUCCAUUCCUAUGUUUGAGAGAAGAUAUGUAUUUAUUUCUGUACUGAGAAAAUAUUAUUUAUUUUCAAAAGAUAAUUUUAAAGAAUAGAGGUUUAGAUGAGUGGCUUUCAUUCCUGAUUAGAAAGGAGGUCUCUCCUUCUUAGCUGCCUGUCUAAGAUGAAAAGUGUGGGAGUCAUUUGCAAUAGGAUUUCUGUGACUGAUAGAGCUUGCUUGCCCACUACAAGCCUAUUAAAUGUUGUGUUGCGAUGUUGAAGUCCUCCGGGCAGAUUUGAGGACACAUUUAGAAGGAUCUUGGAGACAGUUUGAAUGACACCUACUGCUAACAUGUGACCAGAGAUGCUUAACCUGCAGGACCAAAACGUACCUUGGCCUCUCCCAGCUUCCUGUCAUUCUCCUGUCACUUCUCCUCAGAUGCUAAAGCUUUGCCUCUUCACCUUUAAAUGCUAAAAGCUACAAUGAUUUCAACCUACAUGCCAUUAGCCUGUGCCCUUGAUCUUGCUGCCUUAUAGAACAUUCCCAGCCUUUCAUUUAGAAAUGUGUAUCGAUAUCAGCCUGGGAUGAUGAAGCUUCUUAGUGUGCUGAUCUUGAUUCCUAGAUGUUUUUCAUGUGAUCCUAUGUGAUCUGAAAGGCAAAUCUGAUCCUUGACCAACCCUUUUAUUUUGACAAAAGUCUGCCCAAGUUUUGAUUCAAAUUCAAAUUGAUCUGUUUAAGAUCUUUGGCUGUUAAAAGAAGUAGUUCAAUAUUUGGGAAAAUACACGUAUUUACUUUCUUGUCAAGAGUUAAAUCAGAAGAUCGAUACCAGUCUCAUACCUGUACUCUAAAUACUGUAUGAAGCUACAGCCAGCACCUGAUUAGCCUAGCUUAGCAUCAAAACUGCAGGAGGAAACCGCUAGGCUGGCUCUGUCGGAAAAUGCAACACAAUCCGCCUACCAGUACCUCUAAAGCUCACUAAUGAACAUGUCUUUAAGAAUUGAGUCUUUAUGCUAAGGCGGUAGCUUUAUAUUUACCGUACAGGCAUGAGUGUGGUAUUGAUCUUCUCAUCUAACUAAGCGCUAAGUGUAUUUCCUGAAAUAUUGAGUUUGCAGUUUUGCAGUCAGCUUGAAUUCCAUCAGUUGUGAUGAAUUUCAUUCGUUACAAGUUUUCAUGGUUGACAAAAAGUACAAAAUGUCCACAGAAACUAUUCUAAUCCACUUCUUCAUCAUAAUCCAACCCUCAGCUGUCCAUCUGUAUGCUCAUUAUGUUCCAAACAAAAGACACAACAACUUCCUGGCAGAGCUUCAGGCAAUGGGGACAUGGAUUAUGCUGCAGGAGUGUUUGAGACGUUUUAAGUUUUCUACUCUGCUUUGAAACCACCAGUUGAAUGAAGAGCUGUUCUACAUGAAUUGCAAACUAUUUACAGCCACCAUAAGAGCACAGGGGGUAUUUGAUAGCGAAAAGAUAGAUUUUGGGUGGAGUAUCCCUUGAAAAUAACCACAUCCUGCCUACUUCUGCUUUACUCUCUGUAAACUGGGUGGAGUGAUUACUUUUGUGUGUUAAUUUACAAAAAUAUAAUUCACUAUAAUGAAUUAAUGGUUUAAUAUUUGACUUUCAAACAAGCCUCCUCGGAUUAAUGUGUUCAUAUUGGUUAAUUCAAUUCAUUAGGAUGAAAUGGAAAGAAUAGAGCCUGCCAUUUCAAUCAAACCAAAGGUGAUCGGACUGUAUCAAAACUAUAGCAGACUUUUUUCCCCCCCGACUGAAAUAUAUUAUUGAAUAUAGAUGGAUGGUGGAUGUAAAGCAGUAAAGCCCACACAGGCAGCACACUCCCAACAAAGCAGAAUUGGGUAUUUGUUUGGUUUGAUUUGGUUCUGUAAUUCAAAAUCCCCCUGGGUGUUCUGGAUCAGAGUUAGAAACCACACACAGUUCAUAUUAUGGCCCAAGGAAUCACUCAGCAAACUAAUUAUGUUUAAUCAAGAUGUGUGAUACUUAUGUCUUAAUUGGUCCUCUGUGCCUGUUCCCAUUAACCCGUAUAUACUCCGAGCGUUUUCCACAAUGAGAAGGACGAGCUGUUGUCUUUACCCACCUUCCAAAUGCCUUUCAUUUUUGCCAGAUGACGCUGGUCUGAUCUUGAAUCACCACAGAGAAAUGUUUGCACCAAAAUGAGAGAGAGGGGAAGGUAUCGAAACAUGAAUUUAAUUUCAUUCCCAGGUGUACAAAAAAAACUAAACUUUGGUUCUUCUGAUGUGAAUUUAUGUUCAUAUUCUUUGCAUGGUGUUUUUUGGAAAUAUCUUUGAAAUAUUAAUCACAGCACAGAUUAUUUGUAUGGUUUCAAAUGGACCUCUGUAAUAUAAGAAAAUAUUUAAUUGUAAUAAAUAAUAUAUGAGUUUGAA